ACGUCCCAAUACUCGGCAUAGGUAAAAGUGUGCUAAGGUAUUUAAAAGCUUUAGGCGUUUUUUUAUAAAUAGCUAAAGUUACACUUUUGCUCAAUUUUGUAUAACGUUUUCUUUUAGGUUUUCGUUUUUGAUUGGAUAUGGAAGACUCAAUUAGGCUCUUUAGUACUGGAGAUAAAAUGUUCUCCAUCUGAUUCACCUUUUUCUGCAGGUUUUUAAUUAGAAUUCGACUGUAUGUCAGCUUUUUCAUUAAUUUCUGCUUCUGCUUGCUCUGGUCUUUCUGAAAAUUGUGUGAAAAUUUGGAUGCAAAGCAACUAUUUUUACAUGAGAAUAGAAGGUAACUGACUGGUGACAGGUUAAUUAGGAUUAAAGAUUAUUGUUCUAAAAAUUUUAACGAUUUGUAAAAAACAAGUGUGUAAGGCAUCUUUUCCAUUACACGGUUGUUCAAACGUACGGUGUGUAAGCCGUACGGUUGAAAAAACGUGCUAGCUUGUACAUGAUACGGCAAAAUCACCGCGCGAGACAUCGGUAAGUACUGGCUAGUAGCGCUUUUUACUCGGGCUGUGUAGGACGUGCUGCGUCAUGAAUUUUCUUACGAAAAAAAAGAUUAUAGUUGCUUAUUACAUAUAUAGGAAAAAGAAAAUAGAAAAAAAAAGGGAAGUAAGGUUUUGGAUACAUCCGAUUUUAGAAAAAAGGGAGGAAUAUGGCGCGUUUCAUACACUUGUCAAGAAUCAAUUGAGAGAAGAUGAAGACAAGUUUUACAAUUAUUUUAGAAUGCAGAAAACUACAUUCGACAACUUGCUCCAAAAAUUAUCCCAGGAACUAAAACAUCAAGAUACUUUUAUGCGAGAGAGUAUAUCGCCCGCAGAAAGAUUGGCUGUAACUCUGAGGUAUCUAGCAACAGGAGAUACCUUUACUGACCUAUACUACAGCUAUAGAAUUGGAAUAAAAACCAUAAGUUGCAUCGUACGUGAAGUAUGCCACUACAUUUGGUUAGAACUGUAUAAAGAAUAUAUGAAAAUGCCAUCUAAAGAAGACUGGCUACACAUUGCAAGCAAAUUUCAAGAAUCUUCCAACUUCCCGCUGUGCUUAGGAGCGGUCGAUGGAAAACACAUCAGACUUAUUAAGCCAAUUGAUAGUGGCUCGAUGUUUUUAAAUUACAAACAUUUUUUUUCUAUAGUUUUGAUGGCAGUAGUAGAUAGCGAUUACAACUUUAUAUUUGUUGACGUUGGCGCCUACGGAAAGGAGUGUGAUUCCAGUGUGUUUAAAGAGACCCCAUUUUGGAAAAAUUUAACAAACAACGGAUUAAAUCUACCCGAUGCAACACGUUUGCCUGGAAUUGACUACGAUUUGCCAUAUGUGUUCGUUGCGGACGAAGCCUUUGCUUUGCAUUAUCACUUGCUUCGUCCAUUUGGUGGUCAUCAGCUUGAUCAAUUAAAACGUACAUUUAACUACAGACUCACAAGAGCGCGAAGAUUUGUUGAAUGUGCGUUUGGCAUUUUAUCCAAUAAAUGGCGAAUUUUUCACCGGCCAAUGAAUGUGUCCAUCGAUUUGGCAGUUGAUAUUGUGAAAACAUGUUGUGUUUUGCAAAAUUUUAUACAUAAGCAGGAAAACUUUCAGUUUCACAAUGCGAGUGAAAAUGAGUCCACCCUUGAUUCAGAAUCGGAACUAAUCCAGUUACCUAUCACGAAUGCAGUUCGCGGAAGUUUGGCGGCUAAUGAAGUUCGCAACAGAUUUGCACAAUAUUUUGUAUCUAACGAAGGUCGCCUCUCCUAUCAAAACAACUAUGCAUAAGUAAAAAGUUAAUAAUUAAAUAUCUGUAACUUA